CAGCUGAAGGCAGGGUCGGGUGGGUGCCCGGGUCUGGCUCUCAUAGCCUGUCUCCUGUGCGCAGAUCGCAGCUUAUCCAGACCCUCCAUCUCUCUGAGCCCCACUGGGGUCACCGCCCCAGGGGCAGACGUCACCAUCCGGUGUCAGGGGCAGCGCCGGGACGUGAGGUUCUUCCUGCACAAGGCUGGAGACCUGAACCCGCAGCGACACAUGGACCCUGCUGGGGACGGGGCCGAGUUCCGCAUCCCCACUGUGGGCCGGCAGCACGGAGGGAGCUACAGCUGCAGCUACCGGCUCCAAUCACAUCCCUUCGUCUCGUCACAGCCCAGCGACACCGUGCAGCUGGUGGUAGCAGAUGAGAGGACCAGCUCCACGUUCUCGCUCCCAGCCGGACCCUCAGAAGGGGGAACCGACCCGACCCAGCCUGGAGCAGCGCCGGCUCCCACCCGCCCGGGCAGUGCGGGGCCAGGCGGAUCGGAAUCGCUGGAACCUAUGGGUCCGACCAGCCCCAUCAUCGCCGGGGUGAGCGCGGCAGCCGCCGUCCUCCUCCUCCUCCUCGUGGCCUUCGUCUGCUUCCGAAUAACCCAAGCCAGUGAGUGCCCCGCCCAGCGAGGGAAGGGUUAA